AUCAAAUCAAAAUGGCUUUGUCCCUCGUGUUCUUCUCUGUAUUUUUUCUAGCUUUCAAUGUUCAAUAUCUUCUAAUAACUGCAGCAUCUCAUACAGAGAUGGUUAAGCUAUCUGGUGGUAGGUUUAAGAUGGGUACUGAUGCAAAAGACGGCAAAGAUGGCGAAGGACCAUCAAAGAUGGUUAAAGUCAAGUCAUUUUUGAUUGAUAAAUUCCCUGUCACAAACGAAAACUUUAGAAAAUUUGUACGAGAAAAGAAUUAUAAAAGUGAAGCUGAAAAGUUUGGAUGGAGUUUUGCAUUUUUUUCUGCUGUUCCUGCGAAGACUCUUUCCAAGAUUAAGCAGUCAGUUCAGGGUGCUCCAUGGUGGAUACCAGUCAACAGAGCUUUUUGGAGGCAGCCACAAGGACCAGGAACAUCCAUCAAGGACAAGAUGAAGCACCCUGCAGUACAUAUCAGCUAUAAUGAUGCUAAUGAAUACUGCAAGUGGGCAGGAAAAAGGUUACCUACUGAGAAAGAAUGGGAGUUUGCAGCAAGAGGUGGUCUUAGAGAUAACACAUAUCCUUGGGGAAACAAUUUUGAAGAAAAAAGAAUGAAUAUUUGGCAGGGAAGAUUUCCUCAUGAAAAUACCAAGGAUGAUGGGUACCACUGGACUGCAGCAGUGGAUGCUUUUCCUCCACAAAACGAUUAUGGAAUGUGUGAUAUGGUUGGCAAUGCUUGGGAAUGGGUCUCAGAUGAAUUAAAAACCCUUGGGGGUGGUGGAGAGAAAAAAUUUGUCCUUCGUGGUGGUUCUUAUUUGGAUUCUGUUGAUGGCGCAUUUAAUCAUAUAGCAAGAGUAACAACAAGAAUGGGAAAUACAGCAGAUGCUGGAUCUGAUAACAUCACAUUCAGGUGUGCAAAGAAUAUACCAAAAGUUGACUUGUAAAGGAUAUUAUUAGUAUUUUUAUUAUUUACUUUAAUUUUACAUAUAUACAUUAAGAAGAUAUAACUAGCUAAAAACUAGUGUGAGCUGCGUCGGUGUUUCUUUUACUCCGACGAAGGACUAGCGUCCGAAACGUCAGUAAGUUUUUUCAUCUUUUCACGGUGUAUAAUUUACCUUUUCAUAUAUACAUUAAGCUCAUUAAUGGAAUUAAAGUUUGAGUACUGAAUAA